CAUUGUCAACUUCAAAGUUUAUAGACAACUACAAACCAUUUAUCCAGAUGACAAAAAUCAAUAAAAAGAAUCAGUAACUCAUACUUUGAUAUAAAUAAUUUAUUUGUUUGUUCAUACCUGUUAUAGUUCUUUGUACAGCCAUUAACUUGGGGACCUAAAAUGGGAGCCGUGUUAGGAAUUUGUUCAGCAGCACAGCUUGCCUGCUGCUGUGGCAGUGCUGCAUGCUCAUUGUGCUGCUCAGCAUGUCCAUCAUGUGCCAAUUCCACAUCCACCCGACUGAUGUACACUGUAAUGUUGCUACUUGUCAUGGUAGUGGCCUGCAUCACUCUUGCUCCAGGAUUACAUGAACAGAUGAAAAAGGUACCCUUUUGUGAAAAUUCAACAUCAAUGGUGCCAGGCACCUUCAAAGUUGACUGUGAUAAUGCUGUUGGUUAUUUGGCUGUUUAUAGAAUCUGCUUUGCAACAUGUCUCUUCUUUAUACUGAUGGCGUUGCUCAUGAUUGGAGUAAGAUCUUCCAAAGAUCCUAGAGCUGGUAUACAAAAUGGGUUCUGGGGUAUAAAAUAUCUUAUUGUUAUUGGAGGUAUCAUAGGAGCUUUCUUCAUACCAGAAGGAUCAUUUGCAUCAACCUGGAUGGUGUUUGGAAUGAUUGGCGGCUUCUGCUUCAUUGUUAUACAGCUUAUUUUGAUCAUUGACUUUGCUCACUCUUGGGCCGAAAAAUGGGUUUCCAAUUACGAAGAAACACAAUCUCGAGGUUGGUACUCGGCGUUGCUGUUGGCCAUGUUGUCAUGCUAUGCGCUUACAUUGACUGGCAUUGUUUUACUUUAUGUCUUCUAUACUAAGCCAGAUGGAUGUGACCUAUCAAAGUUCAUCAUCUCCUUCAAUCUGAUCCUGGUUGUGGUAGCAAGCGCUAUAUCAAUCCUGCCAUCAGUCCAGGAAUACCAACCCAGGUCUGGUCUGCUACAGUCAGCGGUUGUCUCAUUGUAUGUGAUGUACCUGACUUGGUCAGCCCUGUCCAACUCCGCUGCCCCAUGUAAUGCCAGUAUCACUGACGAAAAUGAGUCGUCAUUCGACAAGCAGUCUAUCAUUGGCCUGGUGAUUUGGGUGUGCAGCGUCCUAUACUCGUGCGUAAGGACAGCAUCUUCCUCUUCCAAGAUUACAAUGUCUGAGCACAUUCUAGCCAAGGAUGGAGCUACAGGCGAGGGAGGGCUGAUUGCUAAUGAAGGUUAUGAUCAAAUAGAAGGAGAUGGCGGCGAGGCCGGCGCCAAGGAGACCAAGGUGUAUGACAACGAAGAUGACGCCGUCGCCUACUCCUGGAGCUUCUUCCACGUCGUCUUCGCUCUAGCCACCCUGUAUAUCAUGAUGACACUCACCAACUGGUACAACCCGAGUUCUCAGCUGUCCAAGUCUAAUGUGGCGUCCAUGUGGAUCAAGAUUACAUCAUCUUGGUUGUGCAUCGGUCUAUACAUUUGGACCCUCGUCGCACCAGCAGUUCUGCCUGAUCGCGACUUUAGUUAAGAAUCCUGUUGUCUUGUCUUAUUAAUUCUUACUUUGGAAAGGAAAACUUAUCAACCACCAACUGUCAAUUCUAUAUAAAAUGUUAUCGAAAUAAAGAUCUUUCCAAUGUAAGAGGCUCCACUGUUUAUUUUAUUUUAGUCUUAAAACCGCUAUUUUUAGAGAUUCCAGAAUCACAGUGUAGUUAUCAUUAGUUAUGUAUUCUUAUAACUUAAUGAUCUCAUUUCUAAUUUGUCUUCUUUCCACUUUAUUGCUAUUCAACUUAUAUCUCACCUUGUAACUCUUUUCUGAAUACAACAUACAAAUUCUAUAACAUGGCUUUAAAUAAUAAUUGUAUUGAAUUUAAUGUAUUUUUUUUUUUCAUGUGUGUACCAUAAAUAAAGUUAAUAAAUAUAUAUUAGUUGUAA